UAUUACACUUCUUCUUCUUUUCUCUGUUCUCAAACUUCCAUUGUAACUCAAUUCCAGUUUGAAUUCUUUUCAAUAAAUAAGAAUUCCUACUGUUUGUGAUUGAAUUCUUCGUUUUCAUUGUUGAUUACCUAGAGUUCCAUAACCACCGUAUCAAAAUACCAUAAGAAUUGAUUUUUACCCCACCAUUGUUUUCCAAUCUUUCUAUUUUUAUUGAAGUCUUGAGUAGAAUACUCGACAACAUUUAGGCAUGCAAUUAAUCUAAUGUACUCACAUCAUCUCAGGUUCCUUAAAAUUGCACCUUCAUUCAUCUUGAUGCGAAAAACUCCAAAAUUACUCAUCUUGCGAAAAAUCCCAAAUCCCUAAAAUCACUCGAAGCCUUACAUGAUCAAAAAACUUGAACUUCAACUCAAAUCCCUGCGUAUUGCUUUGCACCGCCGCUACAUUUUGUUCUAAGCUUCAUUGGUAAAUCAUGUUAGUGAACGAGAAGUUUUAAAUCCGCAAGCUUACAUGUUGUUCUAUGCUCGUGAUAGAAAAAGUAUACUAUCAAUUAAUAUGUACAUGCUUGCAUUAACAGGUUUAUGUAUUUCAUUCAUGUUGACCUAAAAAUAUUAGAGUACUAGUUUCGUCACACAUUUUAUUUCAGGAUCUCUGAUUAGAUGAUACUCACAUGUAGGUAAAUCUUUUUAGUGUUCCUGCUCUGGUAGUAUUUAAUUGAUUGGUGUAGAUAUGUAUGCCUUAGCCUAGUCUGUACCAAAUGCAGAAUCCUGCUACAUGCCAAAUCCUUUGAGUUAAAACGAAUCCCUUGAGUUAAAACGAUGAUAUUCAAAUUUCACCAAAUGUAGGGAUUUGGUGUCAUCAUCAAUGUGUGGAUGGAUCAGGUUAUGUUGUUCGUAGUUGUACAACUAACAUUAAAUAGAUAUUGUGCCUUGAAAAUGCUUUGGAAUACCGUCCUUCAUUUCACAUGCUAAAUGCCAUCCUUGAUUAAUAUAUAGCUAGCUACUUCAAUUUUUUUGAAGAAGAUAUAAGCUACUUUAAUUAACUAGCUCAAUUGUUCAUCUUAUGUUUUCAUAUUUGUAUUACUUUUUCUCCUUUUCUGUACUGAGUACUAUAGAAUUACCUUUAUCUCAGCCCUUGGUGUCGAAGAAUGACCAGAUUGCCAGCAUUGGAUAUGUUGGGAAUGAAUGGGAUGAGGAAUAUGAUAAGGGGAAAAGGAAGAAGUUAAGGGACUCCAAGCAGAGCUUUGGUGGGUCAAAUAUUUUCCAAGAAAUUGCUACUGAGAAAUCCAAGUUAAAAAGGGCAAAAAGGAACCAUUCUACCUCAGGGAACCCUCCAUUUAGGAUACGACUAAAAAAUUCCCUUCUAUCCUAUGUGCUAGAUGGUGUAAUUAAAUAUAGAUGGAAUGCAUUACCAGUUGAGCAGCGGGAUGGAAUGAAAAAUUUCAUCUCUGAUGUUAUUGUACAGCUUUCUGGCAACGAAGCCUCAUUUCAAACAGAGCGAUUAGAUGUCAACAAACUCAAUAUUAUAUUGGUUCAGAUUUUGAAGCAUGAGUGGCCAGCGAGAUGGCGAAACUUUAUUGCUGACCUUGUUUCAGCAACUAAAACCAGUGAAACAAUUUGUGAGAACUGUAUGGUGAUAUUGAAGAAACUUGGUAAGAAGACAAAACCAUCAGAACAUAAAUCUCUUAGGACUUCAGGUGGGUAGUAAUUGUGCAAUGUUCUACAUUAUGAACAAGACAAAAAAUUCAAGUAAUUAAUUACAAAUAUUAAGGCUCUUGCAAUGUUUAUCAACAUUAUGAUCAAGACAAAAAAUUUAAUGUAAUUAAUUACAAAUAUUAAGGUCAGUGUAAAUUGAAUUAAGCAAAAUGAUCUAGUGGUUCUGCAGAACCAUUUUUUUUAGAGUAAAUAAGGUUUCCGUUCUAUAAAUA